GGAAAGAUCCUCUACUUCCCCUUCUCCAAGGUAACCAACAGAGUACACACAGAGACACAUAGUCCUCUAACUGCUACACGUCACCUGCAGUGUGUAAAGAUGCCAUCAGUUGAUGGGAAGAUUGACAUGGAGCGCCUUGGUGUCUUUAAAGAGAUGAGCUACAUCUCUAUAGGAGACAAGUAUGCUCCACCCACCAACCGUCCAUUCAAUGAGUCAGCCUAUCGUAGCAGGCAGAUGCAGGCGGGCUUCGCUAAACAACGAUGUGCUCUGCAGAGCGGCUUUUUUGAUAAGUCUUUUAAAAGGAUAUUUGAACGUGAGGCACUGAGUGACCCGACAAGACUGGCUCGACAGAACCGCAUCCAGCAGGCCAAGAAGAACCUAGGCAAGGCCUUUCUGCCCUGUAACGGGGUCAAGAAGCCCUGUGGUUCAGGUAGUUAUUAUGGGACUUUGUCAGGACCAGUUGAAGCCAUGAGUCCACUGUCAGUUGCCCGGAAAGCCUAUCGCUCACCUGGACGCAACAUGGUCACCUCACCUCCCAAGAAAGGCAGUGGUUACAGGUAUAUGGCAAGAACUCUUUCUAAUGUAGUUUUCAACCUCUUAACAAGCAUAUUUUAAGGAUAAUUUUUAUAUCAUAUAUGAUAUAUGUUAAUAUAAUGAGAUUUUAGAGCGAGAAUUGUCCUUGAGUGAGACAGUUUCCCAUCAAAAACAAAACGUGUCACUAUGAGUCCCUCGUAGGGAUCCAUUCCAUGAUGUUUUCAGACACCUGGUUUAACAGUCUGAACCUGUCAGUGGCAGAAAGAAGCACUUUUUGUAGAUGUCAUUUUGACAAAGGAAGCCAGUUUAGCUGCCGACUAAAGCUAUCUACUGCACAGAUUCCAAAACCUUUUGUACCUCCUACUCACGUCAACACAAAAAUAUGUGAAAAUAGAGCACAGGUUCAAAAAUACCAAAUUAAGUUAACUUUUUUCCCCUCUGAGCAAUUACAAUACCAGGGGGAGUAAUGCAUUUUUACAAAUGUAAGCAUGUAAGCAUUGAAUUUGCAUGUGAUCAAUGAUCUGACCCCUGACACUGUAAUAACCAGUCAACAUAAAUCAAAUCUCACAGCUUUUCUGGGAGGAUAAAUCUGUUUUGAAGUGUAAUGUGUAAUUAUCACAGUGCCAAAGUCCCAAUGACAAUAAGAAUAGCUGUGUAACAGAAGAAAGAGUUACAUACUGAGACAACUGGAGAUGUACUUGACAAUACUAAUACUAUCUGUUUUUGAAGUAGAAGGGGCUAUAUGUAGUUUUUUAAUAAAAUCACUAACACGAUAACAUCACAUCAAUAAAUCACUUUUUACUGUCUAUUUGUCAAUGGGCUGAUGAACCACACGCCUGCUUUCUCUGUUUGUUGGAACUGCCACUAUUCUUCUAAUCUUAUGUGUGGAAAUUGGGUCAGAUUUUCUGCAUGCAUGCUCCCGAGCAUCCUGCCUUCUGAUUCUGAGCCAUACACACAGCUACAACACCGCAGCUAACCAAAUGGUUACAAGCCAAAAAAUAAGCCCCCGACAGUUUUUAACAAUGCGUAGGCGUAGAGAGGCGUCUGCGAUGCAGACAACAUUGUUCACAUACUUGCAUGCAUACUUUGCGUGUACCUGGAGGAUUAAACGUAAAUCCACUAGGGGGCAGACCAGGACCGGAUCAUCCCUCGCCGACACCAGAUUAUUUUCCUUGACAACCUCCGAAUUUGCACAUCAUAUGACACAGCAUGGCAGCCAUCUUGAGUAGUUAAAAGCAAGUAUGUCCAGAGCUUAAGGAUAAAAAAUAACAAAACUGUUUCAUGCCCUGGAGCCCGUCAGGUCAAAUGAGAAUCAAAUCGAUGCCGGGUGAAAACACAGUCAAUAUCAGAAAGGCUUGAGUCAUGAGAGAGACCUCCGUUUUGUUCUGGAACAGACAAAACAUGUGCUUGCCUGCUUAUUAUAAAUAAUUCCAGGUCGACGCAGUUGUCUGGGAGUAUAUUUCACUAACUUUAUUCCUCGUUCUGCUUGUUUACAUCAAGCGUAGAGUUCCUUCUCCGUUAGGGCGUAGUUUUGUUGCAAGUGGUCUGCCUUCCUGCGUAAUAGUUGCACCAAGGCCAUUCUUCGACAUGUCCACCUGAAGUGUCACUUCCUUUUUGGGGUCAAAAUAGGCCUACACUGGCCCCAGCUCAGCUGUGAUAGUCUCUUUCAUCUGUCAGCUUUUUCAUGUGCCGUGUCCCAUUUGAAUUCUGUGACUAAAUCAUCAUUUAAAGUUACAUCCAUCCAUCCAUCGUCAACCACUUCUCCUGCAUACAGGGGGCUGGAACCAAUCCCAGCUUACAUCGGCCGAAAGUACACCCUAGAAAGGUCAUCAGUCCCUCUUAAGGCCCUUUAAAGUUCCAUGCAGCUAAAUACAGUUCUGGACCCCAGCUAGGUUGGGAGCGAAUCUGGCGAGGUAAUUCAUCAUGCCAAGGAUCGUCUCCAGCGCUGCCUCGUUCGCUGGUGGCGGCAUUUCUCUGAUUGCUUUUACCUUGAGGGGGUCUGGUUUCAGGCCGUUAGCUGUGAGUCUGUGUCCAAAGUAACUCACUUCAGGCACACAGAUACAGCAUUUGUCUGGGUUCAUCCUCACCCCUCGCUUGUGUGUUUUUGGUUUGUCACACGUCACCUGGGCAUUAACUCACUGGGUGGGUUCAGUCACUCCAGAUUGUGCCGUCCCUUGCCAUGUUGUCCGUCCAACUCUGUUUUUAACCGUCCGUGGCGGGCAGACUACUGGUGCUACAUUGGGGUCUAUCCUGAAGCUGCACUCACCUUGAAACUCGCCAAUGCCUUUAAAACGUCUGAAUAUUCACUCAGUAUGUCAGCUGGCUGGGUGUUAGUGUCUGUGACUGCAUACACCACCUUAAUGAGUCCCAGAUUUUUAUAUGCUCUUUAACCCAGGAUGGGAGGGCCGUUGCACUUCAUGGCGUGGAACCUCUGGGUGGUUGACUUAUUUUUGUAUCUGACUACUAGGUUGCAGUAACCGCUCACUUUCAGCAGAUGCCCCCUGUAGCCAAACAGCUUGCGUUUAGCAGUCAUUAGUGGUGUGCCAGACAUGAGUGUGUCAAAGUCUUUUGCUGGUAUCACACUUGUUUGUGCUCCAGUGUCCAAUUUAAAUGUCAGUAUUUUCUUCUGUGGUCCCAGUUGGAUGUCUGCGUAUAUAUGGUUUUAAACACCUUAGCGUCAUCCUCAGAUAAUGUCCAUGUGUUAUUUAUAUCCCGUCCUUUGACCCCAAUCCACAGCAGGGGAAAGCUGCAAUUCUCUUCCUCUGUUUUCUUUUUAAGUGGACCCGUGAACAUGAGCUCGGCAUGUUGUUUGAAUCGCCAGCAUGCGUCUGGUAAAUUGGAUGCAUCCCAAUCCAUCCGCAGGGUUGGCACACCAAAAGCUUUCUUACUCUAAGUGGGCACUAACGUUAUUCCUCGUUCUGCUUGUUUUACAUCUCUGACAACUUCUGUACUCUACAUUUCCGGUUCCUGGUGUUACAAAAUAAGGGCACUUAACAUUACAAAACAGACACAGUUGUCUUUGAUCCUAUUGGACCACGGUGGCCCUGAAGUGCAAACCACAAUCGCCACCACACAACUGCAAAUCACCACAACACAACUGCAAAUUACCACAACAUCACAUCAAAUCACCACAACACAACAGCAAAUUACCACAACAUCACA